GGCAGGAACAGUCCCAGACCGCUGCACAAGUAGCCUUCAGAGGGCCGAGGGGCCAGCUGCGCACGGCCCGGCCGGGGCACUAACGCACCGGGCAACACCGCAGAUGCCCUCGCUCUGGGAGGCCACGGUCUUCCCGCCAGACCGACCUGAGCCUCCGGCCAGAGCAACUGGGCCCUGAGACCACCCCAGGCCGCAGCUGGCGGCCGCUGGCACCCGUGUCGAGUAACUAGGCCAGGGCUGGUUCCCGCGGCUCGCCGCCGCCGGAGAGUUGGGCCCCGCCGAGGCCACCCCGCGCGGCAGCUCCACACGCCCCGGGCGGCGCUGGAGGUGAGGCUCUCGCCCAAAGGCACCCUCCCGGCGGUGAGUCAGGGCGCGUUAUGCAAGUCCUGGCCCGCCGGCCCCGGCGCCUCCCCCUCGGUCUUUCAUCCCGCGCAGUUACGAAAGCGCGACCCCCCUCCCCCCGGAGCCUUAUAUAAUGCGGCCGGGCAGCCCCCGCUCGCCUCCCUAGCUCCACGCGCGCCCGGACCCGCGACCAGGCUUGAGCGCAGCUCCCGACCGGCGGACUCCCGAGUAAGAUGGAGUGGGUGUGGGCGCUGGUGCUACUGGCGGCGCUCGGCGGCGCCCGGGCGGAGCGCGACUGCCGGGUGAGCAGCUUCCGAGUCAAGGAGAACUUCGACAAGGCUCGCUUCUCCGGCACCUGGUACGCCAUGGCCAAGAAGGAUCCCAAGGGCCUCUUUCUGCAGGACAACAUCGUCGCCCACUUCAUGAACGAGAAUGGCCACAUGACAGCCGAGGCCAAGGGCCGAGUCCGUCUCUUUAAUAACUGGGACCUGUGCGCAGACAUGAUGGGCACCUUCACAGACACCGAGGACCCUGCCAAGUUCAAGAUGAAGUACUGGGGCUUAGCGUCCUUUCUCCAGAAAGGAAACGAUGACCACUGGAUCAUUGACACGGACUACGACACCUAUGCUGUGCAGUACUCCUGCCGCCUCCUCAACCUCGAUGGCACCUGCGCUGACAGCUACUCCUUCGUGUUUGCCCGUGACCUGAACGGCUUCUCCCCGGAGGUGCAGAAAAUCGUGAGACAGAGGCAGGAGGAGCUGUGCUUGGCCAGGCAGUACCGGCUGAUCGUUCACAACGGUUUCUGUGAUGGCGAAUCAGAAUGAAAUAUUUUGUAGCAACGUGGAGGGUGUCGUUUCAUUAGGAAACUUCCCAUUAACUCACUCAGCCUUCAACUCUUAGUUUGCACCGCUCUCCUCCCCUCCCCUUCCCUCCCCCAUGUAAACAUAAAACAUUCAGUACACGUAAAUAUAUAUGUGGGGAUAAGUGAAUCUCUUUGCACUCAAAUGUCUGUGUUCCCUGUAGUUUUCUAAGGAAUCAUUUGAGGAUUAGGAUUCCAGACUUUGAUUUAUUAAAAUAUGUAUAGUUACCCAUUUCC